GAGCCGAGCCCUGCAGGCGGAGCGGCGGGAGCGGCGCCUUUGGCCGCGUGGGCGGGGAUGCCGCUCGCUCGCCCAGUCGCCUCCUCCUCCUCCUCCUCCCCUUCUUCCUCCGUGGCCACUCCUCCUCCUCCUCCUCCUCCUCGCCACUCGCCGCCUGCCGUGAAUGGGCUUCCUUCCCCACUCGCGAGUCCAUCCCGGAGCAGGACGGGCGGCUCUUCCAUGGGGUGUUGAAAACAUUCAAGGUUUGGAAGUUUGAAUGGAAAAAGCAUGAAGAGCUUGAAAGCAAAGUUCAGGAAAAGUGAUGCAAAUGAGUGGAACAAGAAUGACGACCGCUUGCUCCAAGCUGUGGAACAUGGAGAUGCGGAGAAAGUGGCAUCACUGUUGGGCAAAAAGGGAGCCAGCGCCACCAAGCACGACAGUGAAGGCAAGACCGCUUUUCACCUGGCUGCUUCCAAAGGUCAUGGAGAAUGCAUCAGGGUCAUGUUGGCACAUGGUGCGGAUGUAACUUCACAGGAUGGGACAGGGCACAGCGCUUUACAUCUUGCUGCCAAGAACAGCCACCCAGAUUGCAUCAAGAGGCUGCUUCAGGCUAAAUGUCAAACUGAGAACAUAGACAACUCUGGGAAAACAGCUUUACAUUAUGCAGCUGCGUGUGGCUGCCUUCAAGGAAUUCAGCUCUUGUGUGAACACAAAUGUCCAAUUAACGUCAAAGAUGCGGAUGGGAAUAUCUCUUUGUUACUUACAGUACAAAAUGGGCACACAGAAGCAUGCAAAUACCUUCUGGAACAUGGAGCAGAUAUCAAUUCCAGGGACAAAAAUGGAAGAACUGCUCUCAUGCUGGCAUGUGAAGCUGGAAAUCUCAGCAUUGUGGAAGCCCUGAUCCGAAAAGGCGCGGAUGUAAAUUUGGCUGACGCACUUGGACACAAUGCCCUACAUUAUGCCAUGCUCUCUGAAAAUACCAGUGUUCAGAGCCUCCUUCAGUCAAAAAUUGUUCAAGACGCUGAUGCCAAGUCACCAGCAAGGUCAAAACAGCAUGAUCAAGUCUCUAGAUUAAGUUCAGAAAGAAGUGGAACUCCAAAAAAACGCAAAGCCCCACCACCACCUCCAGUCAGUCCUAUCCAGUUUAAUGACCUGUCCUCUCCGCAUUCAACAACUUCAACUCCAAUUUCUGGGAAAUGCCAGCCGUUGUUUGCCGAGCAGGGAUCCAAGCAGGGAGAAAUCAGUGCCAUUCAGUCCGAUUGCAAGGAUGGGAUAAGUGAUAGCACUGCGGGUGCUGAUAGUUUAUUGGAUCUAAGUUCAGAAACAGACCAGCAAGACCUACUCAUAGUACUACAAGCAAAAAUUGCUUCUUUGACUGUGCAUAACAAGAAACUGCAAGAAAAAUUACAGGCGAGAGGAUUCAAAACAGAAGAUGGGGACACCACGCUGGAUUCUUGUCGUUCCACGCACACAGAGUUUGAUUACUCUACAGAUGGGCUGAGAGAGAGCUCUACAGCAGCAGCUCAGGAGAUAAACUCCUCUCCCCUGAGCUUAAUGCAGGCUCAGGAAGAAGCAGCCAAUAAUGAAGUAAAAAUGAAACAGCUACAAGACAAUUUAAAGGAAGUCCAGAAGAGAUUGGACAGCUCGGAGGUAAAGAGGCGGCACUUGGAGAAUCAGCUCCAGUCUGGCGCAGCAGAAAGAGAUCACCUGUUGAACAAUUCAGAGAUUUCAGAGAAUGGCUCUGAUCUCAAUCAGAAACUAAAAGAAACCCAAAGCAAGUAUGAAGAAGCAAUGAAGGAGGUCCUGAAUGUUCAGAGGCAAAUGAAACUGGGCCUGGUAGCUUCGGAGAGCAAAGAAGCUGAUCUGCAGGAACUCCGAGCAACGUGUGAGGAAAUUGAAGUGUUGAAGGAAGAGUUACAGAAAGCACAGGAAGAAAGCAGUAAGUUGAGAGAGAAAGUGAGAGAGCUAGAGGAAAAGUUGGAAGAGAAAGAAAGGAAUGCAGCGGGCAGCAUGUCGGCAGAAGAGUGUGAGGAGAUGAAGAGUUCCUAUUGCUUGGUUAUCGAGAACAUCAACCAAGAGAAGGCUUUGCUAAUUGAGAGAUACAAGGAAGGACAGGAAGAGAUUAAAAGGUUGCAAGGAAAAUUGAAAAGUCAGAUGGAGUCAGGGCAAGGUGAAGAAGAUGCAGAAAUGAGAGAUGCAAAGAACAAGAUAAUAAGCGAGCUGAACAAGCAGGUCAGUGAACUUUCUCGGCUAUACAAAGAAGCACAAACAGAACUUGAGGACUUCAGGAAAAAGAGUACUUCAGAAGAUGCCAGCCCAGUGGGCAUACCUCUGGAGGAACAUGAGAAGCUAUUGGAGGUCACUGCCUUACAGAGAGAGCAAGCAGAGAGUGCAUUGAUGGAAAUGAAGGCUCAGUAUGCUAAGGUGUUGAGUGAAGCAACACAAUUGCAGAACCUGGUUGACUCGCAGAAGAAGAACUCCGUCUCCAUCACAGAGCAUCUCCAGGUGGUCACUGCUCUCAGAAGCUCAGUGAAAGAAAUGGAAGAGCAAAUAAACGAUCUCAAAGAGCAGCUUCUUUACAAAGAAAGUGAGGUGCAACGACUGCAGAAGGAACUGUUGGAAGAAGAAGAGGCUGUGUGUGAAGCCAUGGUGCCCAGGUCGCUCUAUGAGGAGCUUCGGUCCAAGUCAGAGGUGGAAGUCAAGACCUUGACAGCCAAACUGAAGGACAUGAUGAAAGGGAAGGAGAACCUGUCUACAGAUGUGUCACUGUUGAGGAAGGAAAUUCUCCAAGUGAAAGGGGAAAAAGAGAAUCUGCGAGCGAUCCUUGAUGCCAAGGAACAUGAGAUAAAAGGACUGCUUCAACAAUACCAUCAUGCUCAGGAAGAGCUUCUUGAAAUGAAAAAGGCUUCUGAAAAUUCCUCAAAAAUGGAAGAGGACAAGGAUAAAAAGAUAACAGACAUGUCUAAAGAAGUUAUCAAACUGAAGGAAGCACUGAACAGUCUCUCACAGCUGUCUUACGCAUCUGGCACACCGAAAAGGCAAAGCCAACAGCUGGAGCUGCUACAACAGCAAGUCAAGCAGCUACAAAACCAGCUGGCUGAAACAAAGAAACAGCACCAGGAUAUUGUAUCUGUUUACAGGACACACCUGCUCUAUGCUGUACAGGGCCAAAUGGAUGAAGAUGUCCAGAAAGUGCUGAAACAGAUUUUAACCAUGUGCAAAACUCAGUCACAAAAGAAAGGUGAAACCGUUUUUGUCGAUCCGUGAUGGUGCUGCUGUAGAGCUAGAGUCUCGCCUUAACAUGAAAUCGGAUGGGCAGCCCCUUUCAGGGAAUCGCCGUGGAUCCCGGCCAAACUUCCCAUUUCCUUUUUAUGUUGUAGGAGCUAACGUGUUGUCGUGUCUUCCCUUACCCUAGUGUUUCCCAGAGUGCUGUUUGUGCAUCGUAGAGACAUGCACAGUUCUCCAGAAAUUGCAACUACUUUAAAUCAGGGGAGGUCAAAAGUCUGACCUACAGUAUUAGAGAGUGUCUCCGUGCUUCCAUUGGUUAUCACUCUUUGGUGCAAACCAUGGAAGCCCCAGCAUGCAGUGCCCCAUUUUGGAAAUGAAUAUUUGCACCAUUGGAAGGUGAGAAUUUUUCAGUUCCUUGUUAAGAUAGAGGGAGAAGCAACCUUAUAUAUGUUUUAAGACCCUCAGAUGUCCAUUGUAAUGGUAGGCGCAGCUGAUUUUGCAACCUUUUGGCCUUGUUAAAUGAAAGGAAGGAAAGCCAGCAUUAUUCGACAAAGCCACUAAUUGGCUAAACCCAGCUAUGCCGUCUUUUAGAAUAUAUCUAACCAAGGCAUGUAUGGAUUACAAAAAUGCCAGGCCAGUGGUAUGUACUAAUCACAUAACCUAGAGCAUAGCCAUGUACUAAAAGCCAGUAAAUGGUAACUCUGCUACAACCUCAAUUUCUUUAUCAAGUAGUAGGUCAAGCUAUCUAUGCAAAUCCUUGCAGUGCUAUUGGCCGUGGAGCUCAGGAGGAAAACAAAAAAAUACAAGCCCAUGUUCCAAAUGGUAAACAAGGGAUCUGAAUGAACUCAUGAUGUUUACAGUGAGCAUUGUUUGCCUCACAAUUCUGAACCUCACUUUUGUAACAGAUCUUCUCUACAAUAUAUUUUUACUGGCCCUCAAAUUUAGAAAACUUCUUUUGUAACUAAAGCCAUUUGCCAUGUAACAGGGAGGUUUUUUUUUUCUUUUGUUAUUUUGCAGUAAGCUUCCAUAAGGAAAGGUUUGGGUAGUUGUCCUUUUCUCUGUCUUUCUCCCUUAGUCCUGCUGUGUUGUAAACUGCAGUGGAAGUAUCCCGGAAAACGUUGUACUGAAAUGGUCCAUACAUCCUAGAAUAAAAGAGGAUGGUUAAA